ACCACCGGACGGAAGUCUCAGGGACGCUUCCGGCGAGGAAACAUGGCCGCGGCCGUUCCCGACUCACGUGUGAGUGCGGGGAAAAAGCUGAAAACUUCACUAAAGAAGAAGAAGAAGAUUAAAACGGUAGCCAAGGCUGUAGCAUCGGAACUGAAAGAUGAGGACAAAGAUGCUGCCGACUUUGGAGGUUCCGUAGGAAUCUGUAGACCAGAAGAGGAUCCGUUUUCUUCUGAUGGUGAAGCGGUAGAAGCCGACAGUGAGGGCGAGGCCGGAGCCCGCGACCGUGAGGACGGAAAUGCCGCGGAAGCGCGUGUGGGGGCCAGCGGGGGCUGGGCGGACGCCAUGGCCAAAAUCCUCAACAGGAAGACUCCCGGAAGUAAAGCCCCCAUUCUGCUCAAAAACAAGGAGCUGGAAAAGGAAAAAGAAAAGUUAAAGCAGGAGAGACUGGAGAGAAGGAAGCAGCUUGAUAAGAAGCGGGAAUGGGACAUGAUGUGCAGAGUAAAGCCAGAUGUCGUCCAGGACAAAGAAGCGGAGAGAAAUCUUCAGCGAAUUGCCACGAGGGGUGUCGUGCAGUUGUUCAACGCCGUUCAGAAGCAUCAGAAGAACGUGGAUGAAAAGGUCAAGGAAGCGGGAAGCUCCGUCAGAAAGCGCGCCAAGCUGAUGUCCGCUGUUUCCAAGAAGGAUUUCAUCAGCGUCCUGAGGGGGCUGGACGGGGGCACGAACCAGAAGGGGUCCGCCAGGAGGACCGCGGAAGCCAGGCAGCUCCUUGCGUUCGUCUUGGCCCAUCUCGCAGGUUGGAGGCUUCCUCCACGCCCGAUGCUCUCUGACCGUUCACCUCUGAGGGCGACGUCCUAGAGAGCUGACCGAACAGUCCAGUGCGAGCCAGCGUUUUCUGGUUGGCGAGCUCAGCUGUAGAAUAAUUUGAGUAGAGUUGGUUUGUUUAUCGAUGAUGCCCAAAUGUCUGUUUCCGUCGUCUUUCUUCUGGAAGAGUCCCGCAGUCUGCGGCCUGCGUGUGGGGUGAGAACUUGCUGCCGGCGUUCUUGGAGCAGCAUGACAACAGCCUCCGGCCACCAGUGGUCAGUGUGCGGACGACUCCACACAAGCUCUCCGUGCUGCCCCGGCUUCCAGCUCCCAGGCCCUCUCUGCGUCAGUGUCCUCGGAGGCCGAUUGACCUGCCGGUGGUAGCGUCAGUCACCUGCCUCCAGCAGCCGGGGCGGGGGACCUGGACGCCGCCUGCUUCUCACGCAGUCGGCCCGUCACUCCUCCCCCACCGGCUCAUUUCUUCAUCGCCGUCUGUGAUUCCUAAGUGUCUUAAGGGCGACGGGCAUCUGUGGGCCACACGUCUGCAUGUGAUCUGUUCCGUGUUAUAGUUUUGUAUUUGCUGUUUUUGUGAGCUGCAGAUUCAGUCGUGAGAAGUCCGCUUGUUCCUUUUAAAACCAUGAUCUUCAAGCUUCAAGGCUUUUGGUACCUGGGUUGGAAUAUUUCUUCUUUAUGUUUCAAAGAUUGCCUUCAUGUUAUUAGCUGUUAAUCAAAAUAUUUUUAAUCCUCUGAUCCUGCUGACAUGGAUAGUAUUGUUGCCCUUAUAAUUAUUUUAAUCUUUUUUUUUUUAAAUCAGUUUUAUUGUGUGCAGUCAUCAUUUCUGCACUGGGGACUCACUCAUGUUAGAAAGCCUUAGAGACAAAGAGGGUGUGAUUGUUUUUUUAAGAUCAUUAAAAAAAAGAGAUUUUGAAAAGACUUAAGUAUUUUAAAAGAUGUCAAACCAGUAUAUUACAUUUGAGUCACUAAUUAGUUUCUUCGUGUCAAAUAAAUCUUGUUAAAUCAAUGUUA